AUGCUCUUGACUGUCGUUGAGAUCAUCAAACGCGAAGUUCUCAAACGGUUGGCGGAGAAGCGGUCAGCCAGGCUGAAAGACCCUGCACCAAGAUUAUACAGAUGCUGUCUGGAACAAACCUGCAUGUGGCUGGCGCAGAUGCCAUAUACGAGGGUCACCUUGUCUCUAUACAAGUUGCCGUCUCUAGUCAAGAACGUGAGUGCACUCUCACACUGCGAGAAACUCCUGCUGCCUGUCGAUCGAGGUACGACUUGUGCGAAGCGUGGAUCGCCUACGGGCCCAUCAAGGACCCACGAUAGCGAUCUCGACACCUCAAGCCGCCUACAGAAUGGCACAUCUACUCCCGACCAUCCCCAAGAAUCCAACCGCCAGUUUGACGACACGCACAUCAUUGACCAACUUGACUCAUUGGCGGAGAGUUCCGUCAUCGCCAACAAAGAGGCGGAGGAUCCAGGAGUUCUUCACCGACUAAAGAUGCCCUGUAGUUCAUCGACCCAAGAGGCGGAGCAGAAACUGUGGGAGGGUAGGAGGAACGCGGAGUGUGAAUGGACUACCGAGCGGAGAGGGCGCGGGUCGAAUGGGCAGUGGGUUGGGGGUGCAGAUCUGGUCAAAGGUUCAACUGCAGUGGGUCACCGAGCGUAG